AUGACUUCGUCAUCGAAAGAUUACGGAAAUACUAAUAGAGAUGAUUGCCAAAUUCAUGUUGACAAAGAAGGGGAAUCAUGUGUUAUUAAAAUUGAAAGUGUUGGACAAGAGAAAAUAUUGAAAGAAUUAUUAAAUCGUUUCAAUAGUUUAAAAAGUGAAGUUGAUCAAUUCUUAGUCGGACAAGAAAAACAACAACAACCAAAAGAAAUGAUUAAUGCUCUACAAGACAUAGCAGUAAAAUUGAAACCAUUAGAAGAUCAACUACAGAAAGUCAAUAAAUAUGUUGGAGAUGAUCAUUUACGAUUAAACAAAUUACAUAAUGAUUUAAAUAAAAAGUUUGAUGAAAUCAAACAAGAUGUAAACAUUUUUAAAGAACAACAAAAAAACAUUGUGCCAACAAAAGAUAUUAUUGAUAAAAUUUUACAAAAGAUAGAUAACAUUGAUAAAAUCUUGAAAAUUUCUCACAAUGAUGAACAGAAAAAUAUUUUAUCUGAAUUAGAAUAUUUAAAACAACAAAUUCCAACUAAAACUGAUUUAAAAUCUACGAGCGAUGCUGUUCAAGCUCUUCAAAUAUGUUUUGACAAGGAAAAAACAAAACCAGAUAUUCUUGCUAGAAAAUUGGAUGUCAUUGAUCAAAAACUAAAAGAAACCCAUCCUGAACAUAUGACUCUUAUGAAAGAUAUUCAAUCGAAAAUUGAUCCAAUACAUAAAACAAUACCACAAACAAAUGACACAUUAUCGAAAAUUAAUGAUCGUGUUAAAGCUAUACAUGUUGAUGCAAUGAAACUUCAUCCUGAUAUUAUUAAGAAAUUGAAUGAUAUUGAUCAUCAUGUAACAGAGCAACAUUAUUCUAUCAUUGAACCGAUGAAACAAUUUUUAAAUGAAAAAUUAAAUCCAUUUAUUGAACAACAAACAAAAAAUGAUGGAGAACAAAAAUUAGGCUCUCCAAAUAUUAGUGAAAGAGAUAAUGAUAGUCAUAGUCCAAAUCGUGUUCCUUUAUGUAUAAAUGGAAUGAUACCUGUUUUAAAUAAAUUAUCUGAUGUGAAUGUGCUUCAAGCACUCGCAAGCGAUAUUGAAAAAAAAUUAUCUGAUAUUCAAACAAAACUUUCAUCGUCAGAUGAAUUACAACGAAAACAAAAUGAUUUCAUUGGAAAUAUUUCUAAACAGCAUAUGCCAUUGAUGGAUCAAAUGAAAAGCUUAGUACCAAUAUUAGAUAAAUUAAAACAACAGCAUGAAAAAGAUUCGGAAAAUUUGAAUCGAGAACUUGAUAAAUCAUUUCAACCGAUAACACAAAAAUUAAAUGAUUUAUUCAAACAGCAAGAUUUACUUCAAAAUCUUGAUUCAAAAUUAAGUCAUUUAUCAAAAAAUAUCGAAAAAGAAAAUGAUUUAAAAAAACGAACAGAUACACAAACAGACAUCACUAAAGAAAUAUCCCUUCGUACUCAACCUCUUCAACAAGCUCUUGAUAAUUUGUCUAAACAGCAACAGCCAUUACUGGAAACUAUUUAUGAACUACCUAAAAAACUUAAUGAUAUUCAUCAAUCUCAAAUACACUCGAAUACAAUCAAAGAUGUUUACGCUAAGCUUGAUCCUUUAACACAAUCAAUUAAAGCAAUUAAAGAUGGCCUUGAUCAACAAACACAAAAUAAAGAUCGAGAUAAUCAAACGUUAAUGAAUAUUGAAAAAAAAUUAAACCAAACUUUAAACGAUUCACCAAAACGAUCUGAUGUUAGUCAAGAUAUUGAAAAAGCACUUCAUCCUUUUUCACAAAUAAUCAAAACAUUAAAAGAUAACAUUGAACUAUCUCAAGCUCAACAGCAAACAGAAAAGAAAAAACUCGAUCGUCUUGAACAAAGUCUAUCAAAAUCUCUCGAUAGCAGACCGCAAACAUCCGAUAUAAUUAAUCCUAUGAUGGAUCAAUUAAAUGAAAUAAUAAAAAAUUUAAAACAAAAACAACAGACUGAUCCAAUGAUAAAAAAUUUGUCGGAUGAUAUACAAUUCAUAAAAACAUUUUUAGAAAAACAAACAAUAUCUGAUAAUAUUUCAUCAAAAAUAACUGAAAUUGUACAAAACAUUAAAACUCCUUUAGAAAUAGCAUUAAAAGAUAUUUAUUCAAAAACUGAAUCAACUCAACAAAUAUCGAAAGAUUUGACUGAUAUAAAAACAAAGAAUGAUGAUAUCAUGCAGAAAAUUGAUAAAUUUAUUGUUCCUUUAUCCAAUGUAAAUAGUCAAGUUCAAAAUAUUACUGAAAAAAUUGAACAAAUUCAACCAAAGCAAAAUAAUGAUCUAUCAAAGAAAACAUCAUCGGAUUUAAUAAAUACAUUGAGAAAAUUAGAUGAUCAAAUUAUUCAACAACAACAAGCAAACAAAUUAUUAAAUGAUAUGCACAAUCAAUUAACUCAUAUAAAUAAUAAUUUGCCUAUUUUGGGUUCACUCAAAGUUGUACUUGAUAAAUUUAAGGAACAUGAUGAAAAUAAUAAUAAUGAUUCUUCUAAUGCAAUAAAAAAUAUACAUGAUCAAUUAAAAACUCUUGAUCAAACAAUAAAAGGAUUACCUUAUCAAAUAUUAUCAGCAUCGAAACGUUCCAGUUCUGACGAUGAAAGAACUAAUGCUGAUAAUCUUCGACGAGUUCCUUUAAGUCAGCCGAUAGCAGCAAAUCCGAACAAUUCAAUUACUUCAUUAGAUGUUCAAGCAGCAAAUCUAUUUACUAGUUUAUUAACACUUCAAACAACUAUUCAAUGUUCAGAUAAAUUUUUAUGUCAACAUGUCCCACAAUAUUUUAAACGAAUUGAACAAUCUUCACUGGUUCAAAGUGAUCGAGAUUUACAAGAAUUAGUAAAAUGUGUUAAAGAUCGAUGUUUAAAUAAUGACAUUGAUACGAUGAACUCUAAUGUACAAAUUAAUGAUUCAAAUAAAACUUUUACUAAUCAUACGAGCCCGUUAAAUAUUGACAUUAAUAACAAUCUAGUCGAACAAUAUUCACAUCAGAAGACUUCCGAUAAUAAUAUUAAUCGAACAAAUGAAAAUAGAAUGCCCGUACAACUAGAAUAUUUAACAAAAUCACGUUAUAUUUUAUUUAUUUCCGAGCAAUCCAUACGUGGUAAUUGGCCGAACUUAUCUCCACAAGCUACAUCUAUUAUUGAAACAAUUAUAAAUCAACCAUUUGAAUUUGAUCAUGGAACAAAUAUUGAUCAUCUCAUUCAACAAAAUAAUCUUGAGCAAUAUGCAUCGUUAGCACGAAAUGCUAUUAAAAAAUCUGAUAAAGAUUAUGAUAAACUUUGUUAUAUGAUGGAUUCAAUUGUUUUUGAUAAAAUGUCUAUGAUUGGUUGCCGAGAAGCUUUAAUACGUCCUUGGAAUCCAUCAUUGCUGAACCAGGCAUCAUCAAUAGGAUUGUAUCCGUAUCCUUCGGGUAAUAAUUCGCAAGUACAAAGAUUUCAUGUAAACAAAGAUAUAUCAUUAUGGAUGGUUGAAACAGACGAUAAAAAACCAUAUAAUCCAACAGAGUUCAUGCCCAAUAUUGCCCGUUUAAAUGAUAAAUACGAUAAAAUUCAGCAGCCACAAUUUAAUGAAAUCCGACAAAAAAGACGCGAAGAUGAAACACGUUGGAAUGAACGAUAUGCAUUUACAAAAGAUAAUCGAAGAAUUUUAUUUGUUAAUGAUCUUCGAUCAUAUUUUAUGGAUUAUGAUACAAAAAGAAAAUAUCAAGUUCAUGAUGAUGUUCCAAUUAAUCCUGUUUGUCGAACAGGAAUUGCUGGUCGAGGAGAUCUACCUUUUUGGGGACCCAAUCAUUGUGUUGUUGUUAUUUUAUUAAGAAAUAUUAACGAUCCAGAAGUUGUUUUAAUGAAACAUCAUGGUGACGCUCAUGUUUUACCAAAAGGUUUCUAUGGUCACGAAGCUCGUUAUGAUAAUCAAAUAAAAAUAAUUCAAGAUCCUGUUUCGGGACAAAUUCUUCCACCAAAUCUAUUUGAAUAUUGGUGGUUGCAAACAGUUAAAUUAAAUGAAAUGAAUCAUUCAAUAAAACAUCUUAAACGUAUUUUAAAUGAUAAAGAAUUAAAAGAAGAAUUUGCUGAAGUAUUUUCACAAAAAGGAUGUAAUAAAAGUGUUUUCGAUAAUGGCUAUGUUGAUCACCCACUGAAUACAGAUCAUGCAUGGGUCGAAUCAAGUGUAUGGAAAAUACAAUUUAAAGAUUGGCGUAUACCUGAAAUGAAAUCAGCUAAAUAUGCUAUUGCAGAUGAUUUGAAAAAUUCUAAUAACAAUACAUUUCCAUUUGUUUGGAUAAAACUAAUUGAUGCACUACUGAUUGUACCCGAUUUUGAUCGAGGUAUUCUUGUCGAUGUACUUGCUACUGGAAUGCCAUUAUAG